GUGACGUAGGCACUUCUAAGGCAUAACACCCCCUGCGGCGGACGUUGGUGUUAUUGUUGGAGUUUCCCAUUGCUCUGUGUUGUUGUUUUUUAUUUUUAAUGAGUGUAAAUCUACGCGAACACACACAUGAAAACUCAUUUUAUACGGCUUUUUUUUAACAGUUUGCGCUCCGUGUUUAGCUAGGUAGUGGCAGAGCUAACAAGUUCGGGUGGCCGGGGGAAGUCGAUGGAUGCGCGGGUAUCGGACUUAUUUGACUCAGGAAAUGGACGCAACCCUGGAUCUUCUUCAGCCGUCCCGUCCAACAGCAGCAGGCCGACGAAGUGGCACAGCGUACCCCUCAAAAAGUCCUCAUCUAAGAAGAACAAGAGGAGCUCUAAGUCCCUGCUCUCUUUCAACUUAAAACCGAGCAACAACGCUCCGUAUCUACCUCCAGAGAAUGAGGAGGGAAAUGUAGAGUACAAGCUCAAGCUGGUGAACCCCACACACUAUCGCUUUGAACAUUUGGCGACACAAAUGAAAUGGCGACUGCAGGAGGGUCGAGGGGAAGCCGUCUAUCAAAUCGGCGUCGAGGACAAUGGCAUGCUGGUCGGACUAUCGGAGGACGAGAUGAGGGCUUCACUGAAGACGCUACAUCGGCUGGCAGAGAAAGUUGGAGCUGACAUCACUGUUCUCCAAGAGCAAGAAGUGGAUUACGACACUGACGUACCGCGUAAGAUUGCUGAGGUUCUUGUCCGUAAGGUGCCGGAUGACCAGCAGUUCUUGGACCUGCGAGUCGCCGUGCUGGGUAAUGUGGACUCUGGAAAGUCCACCCUACUGGGUGUAUUGACGCAGGGCGAACUGGACAAUGGUCGGGGGAGAGCGAGGCUCAACCUCUUCAGGCACCUCCACGAGAUCCAGACCGGUCGUACUUCGAGCAUCAGCUUUGAGAUCCUCGGCUUUAACAGCAGAGGCGAGGUUGUGAAUUACAGCGAGUCUCGGACGGCGGAGGAGAUUUGUGAGAGCGCCUCCAAAAUGAUCACGUUCAUUGAUCUGGCAGGUCACCACAAGUACCUGAAGACCACCAUUUUUGGCCUCACCAGCUACUGUCCGGAUUUUGCCAUGCUCGUCGUGAGCGCCAGCACUGGCAUUGCCGGAACGACGAGAGAGCAUCUGGGGCUGGCCAUGGCCCUGAAGGUGCCCAUCUUCAUCGUCGUCAGUAAGGUGGACCUGUGCACACGGGCGACCGUGGAGCGCACGGUGCGGCAGCUGGAGCGCGUCUUGAAACAGCCGGGCUGCAACAAGGUGCCCAUGGUGGUGGAGAGCACGAACGACGCCGUCACCGCCGCGCAGCAGUUUGCCCAGUCGCCCAACAUCACUCCCAUCUUCACCGUGUCCAGCGUGUCCGGAGAGAGUCUGGACUUCCUCAAAGUCUUCUUCAACAUCAUCCCGCCUCUGAGCAACAGCAAGGCACAAGAGGAGCUAAUGCAACAGCUAACUGAAUUUCAGGUGGAUGAGAUCUACACAGUGCCAGAGGUGGGGACCGUGGUGGGAGGCACUCUGUACAGUGGCAUUUGCCGAGAGGGAGAUCAUCUCGUAGUGGGGCCCACUGACUCAGGCCAGUUCAAGGAGCUGAGCGUCGGCAGCAUCCAGAGGAACCGCUCUGCAUGCAGGGUGCUGAGGGCGGGUCAGGCUGCCACGCUCGCCCUCGGCAACUUCGACCGGUCACUACUACGCAAGGGCAUGGUGAUGGUGAGUCCCGAGAUGGAUCCAACCAUCUGCUGGAAGUUUGAGGCGGAGAUUGUGCUGCUCUUCCACACCAAGACCUUCCACAAGGGUUUCCAGGUCACGGUGCACAUACGCAACGUCAGGCAGACGGCCACUGUGGAAGCUGUGUAUGGCAAGGAGGAGCUGAGGACUGGAGAGAAAGCCGUGGUCCUCUUCAAGUUCAUCAAGCAGCCGGAGUAUCUGAAGGUCGGUGCCAAGGUGCUCUUCAGAGAGGGCGUGACCAAAGGUAUCGGCCAUGUCACCAAGCUGCAGCCCAUCUGUCCACACCAGGCAUCGCAAAGUGAGAAUGAGGGUGCCUAAAGCUUUUUCUUUAAAGAAAAACAAUGUCCCACUCCAACACGAGGUGCUCUUUGUCCAAAUGGCCUCUCUUCGCUUCGAAAAAAAAAGGAGUUCCUUGGUUGUAAUCGUCCUUUUCUAAAAUGGUGUCGUCACCAUCAUCGUCCACCUCUGUCCUCCUCGGACCUUUGUUGUUGUUUUUUUUUUUUAAUUAAAGCUGAUAUUUUUACCCUUUAGCAUUCUGAAAUUGAGGUUUUUCACAGCACUGACUAGAGAAAACAAUUCAGCCGCGUCUUUUAAGGGGUCGUUCACAUGCAGCAUCUAAAAGCCAGAUGUCUUUAAACCAGGUGGAGCUGUUGUCGUGGAGGCAAAAAACACCUGUUUGAACUACUGCUUUAGCCUGAGUCACAUCACGAGACGCGCUCAAUCGACGCCCGUCACAACAGCGUCCGUUCAAAUGCAUAUUUACAUUUAAUGAACAUUAUUGUUCGCAAACAAACAAAGAUGCUGCACAUGAACGGCCCCCCCCAAAAAAACACAUGGCGGCGACAUCUACCAAAGUGAUUACCGAGUAUGCAGCUCGAUCACACGAUCGCACUGCACAGGAUGCUUUCUCAGACGUACGUUUAAAGUGCUGCCUUUCACAGUUUACACCUGAAUGCACACGUUUGCACUGAAACUCAAAACUGCCAGUGUUUGAUGUACUGUACCUGUGGCUGACUAUUGUUUACAAACUCAGUCGUUAAGUAUGAGAAAAAAGAAAGGUCCAGUGUGUCGUAUUUAGUGGCGUCUAUUUACAUUCUCAUUCACCAGUCUUUUCUGCACUGUCACCACUAGAUGCCACUAAAACCUGCACACUGAACCUUUCCGGUGCGACUUCUUGUAUCACUUGUUGUGUUGACUGUUGUGAGACGAGCUUGUUUGUUGUUACCAGCGUCGUGCCUCUGACAGGAGAAGAAUGAUAUCCUCUUAUUCAUUAACUAGUUAUCGCUUAUAUUAGGGAGAUGAAAAUGCGGUGAGAUGCAUUUAGGUAUGGGACCAUAUGAAAACUUGUCUUGCUUCUAAGAUGCAGUCUGCAGUCAUCGUGAGAGAUUUUUAUCGCAAUGUGCUGGGAAAUUGUACAUAUCGUCCCAUACCGUGAUGCUAUUGUGGUUCUCAGACAAAUCUUGUCAUAUAUAUUAGCUAAAUUAUCUCGCUUAACGGUCCAGUGUGUAACAUUUUUGCAUGUUUAAAUGGAAAAAAAAUAGAAUAAACGACCCAUUAGUGUGCUUAUAAAAGGGUUAAAUCGCAUUAAAGUUUAAUUUUCAUAGUUGUAGAAUAAGCUUUUUUAAGUGUUACAUGAGGUAAAGACCACCAGGCAGCAGUUUUUACGUGCCAGCGUAGUUCUCCGAUGUGCUCAGGAAGGUUCUCAGUUUGCUGCAUUCAUGAGAUGUCACUCACUCAUUCUUACACGCUGGACCUUUUUAAAGCUGCGUUGCUGUUGGAAAAAGGGGCACUUUAUGGAGGUGAAGGACCGCGUUGCGAGGUUUGCAGAGCGAGAACUCGAACCCCAGUUUUUAUUACGUCACCCUGCCAAGCAAAUUCACAAUCACCUUAAUAACUUCAGUAUCUUUUUUCUUUUUGUUCUGUGAGGAAAAUGUGUGUUCAAUGCCUCUGGGGUGGGGCGGUGCACUGACAUAGUAAUGAUGUCGCCGCAGCCUGUCUUUUUUUAAGUGCUUUAGUUACUCAGGUCAAUGUCGAUUGUGUAUUAAGACGGCGAUUCCGCUGUCACCGAAGAACUCUCCGGCCAAUGUUGGUGUCGCCGACUUGGUUGCGAGGUUUCUUGUCUCCCAAACAGAUGUGUUUUUGAUUUGUAUUAUCAAAUGUGAAGCUGUGUACUGAUGCAGCUUUCUUAUGCUAUGUUCAGACUGCCAGAAAAGACUGGACGAUUUGACCAAUCCGCGUUGCCGAAACUCAAAAAUCACAAUAUCACUAUGGAUAUCAAUAUCAGUCCGCUAAGCUCACAUUUUGUUCACACGACGUUGGUGUCAAACAUCUCUUUACAGCCUGUUCUUCAAUGUUUCUGGCAGUCUGAACCAGGCUUUAGAUAGCAAAUAUGUUUGAGGUACUCGAUACUGUCUCAAAUUGAAGUUACUGAUGUCGCUAACUUUGACCGGGUUUUACCACAGUGCCUAAUGGGGUUAAUCCUCCCUGUCGGUAGCUUUCCAUUGCACCCCAAAUUUUACAACAUAUAAGUGCAAGUAGGGUAAAUUAAAAAAAAUUACUAAAAAAGUUGGUGCUAUUUCCAGAAAAAGUUUUGUCUAGAGGAUGACUUUGAGAAUGAAUGUUUAUUUGUUUUCUGUUCACUGCAUGCUGUUCUGAUCUUUUUAAGACAAUUGUGAUUAACGACUGAAAUGUGUGUCCCGUUUUUGUCGCGUCCCCAAGUUUGUGUGUAAAAAAACAACAACUUUCAGAGCAUUUCAACCAAAAACAUUUUCUAGCCUUUAUGAAGAGUUCUUUCAGGUGCUGAAAGUGUGUUUUUAGCACAUCUGAGAAGUGUUUUUAUAGAUUUCUAGACGUUUUACAAUUCUCUCAAAUGCCCUUUUUUCACUGUCGCAUUCUUCUUAAUCACAUGGUUAUAUUUAAGACCUGUUUUCCUUUAUAAAAAUUGUAAUAUUUUCAUUAUUUUCUUUCGGGUGAAAUGCAAUAUUUAUGUACAGAUCCAAUUUGUGUGUCACGAUGUACAUGAAUACAAGUUUGUCGCCUUA